AUGGAUGACUCUUUGCAACAAUUACUUGACGCUGCUGAACCAGAGUUUCCAACACAAAAUGCAACCAUUCUAUCCACCACAACUGUGGGAUCAGGAUCCGACAGCGCUGUUGAAAUCAAUCAUAGCAAACUAGAGGCUGCCAUGACCCGACGGCGCCCGGCUCCCAGAGGGACGGCAGCAUAUCCGCGAAAGCGGGCAAACCGGGCUUGUCAGGUGUGCAGAGCCCGAAGAACGAAAUGCGAUAAUAAGAAGCCGUCGUGCUCGUUCUGCGAGAAAGUGGGUGCUAAGUGUAUCACGAGUCCGACAGAUUUGUCGUCUUUUGAUCCUGCAAGCCUCGCCAUCUUAGAUCGCUUGGAGCAGCUGGAGAAGCUGAUCCGGGAGAAGUCCUUGGAUGAAGCGAAUGUGCACCCAGCACCACCAUCAGUCGAACAAUCGGCUCUUAGCUAUGGAUCUCCGCCACCAGACCUACAAUUCGGACCCGAUCUCAGUACAGUCACAAUUGAGACUGUGCUGGCCUGGGAUGUAUUCCAAGGCCGCUUCGACCCUCAGUUGGACAUCAAGUCCGUCCUUAAGAAUUAUGAAAUGCCACCUUCUCCUAUGAGUUCUCCAGUCGGUGAAGCAAUCCCGUUGAUUAACAGCUUAGAACUCGGGUCCUGCAAUAGGCUGCUCGACAGCUUUCUGAGCCGGGUUCACAUUGCCAAUCCGAUUCUGGAUGUUGAAUUGAUCCGUAGCUAUGUGAACCAUGCCUGUCUGCAUGGCAUUGGUUGGGAUGCUCAGUCCUGUCUCGUGCUCCUCGUUUGUGCUCUUGGAUCUAUUACCGAAGCAUUCCAUGAUCUCCACCCUCACACAUCUCUCAUGGCGAGAAAUAGCCCUAGCUUCGGACUAGCCAAAGUCUUUUUCGAAGCCUCACAGAAGCGUAUCGGAUUACUGAUGCGUGGCAGCGGAGUCCUUGAAGCUCAAUGUUUCUUCUACUCCGGUGUCUACUUAAUGACAAUACAACAGCCCAUGGAUGCAUGGCGACAUUUCGUCCAAGCCGCCGCCAUCUCACAAGGUUUUGACUUUUUGAGAAGAUCCCUGACUGCCGACAUGUUGAUCGGCGACGGUGUGCAACGGGAACGAGCUUCACAAGAAAGUAUUUAUUGGACGUGCUUUAAAUCAGAGCUCGAGGUUCGAAUGGAGUUAUCCUUACCAGGUUUCGGGUUACAGGAUCUGUCUUAUCCCAGUUCAUUCCCUAGCCCACCACUAGACGACCUGGGAGAUGAUUCUGCACGAGCCUGGUAUUAUUACCUUGCAGAGAUUGCACUUCGUCGGUUAGCCAACCGCAUCUUAUACAACCUCUUCCGACACCAAGAUAAAGGUCGGUUUCCACGGAUCGUGGAUAUGGUCGAAAUGACGGCCGCAUUUGAAUCACAAGCCAUUGACUGGAUGGCCUCCCUCCCACCAAUCUUCUCCCUCCAUACACCAGAAGAACAAGACGACGUCCUCAAAUUCGUCCUUCGCGGCCACCUCCUCGACUGCUAUGAGUGGAUGUACUUCCCCUUUAUGGCUGAAACCAUCAACUACGGGCGCCGUGACCCAAUCCUCGAUGAAUACACCCGCAAGGGCCUACAGAUGUGUGUCGAGCGCAUCCGUAAAAACGAGCCUGGCUUCCAGCACCGACAUCACGGCGCUUGGCUCAUGUUACGGUCCUGCACGCGAAGCGCGUUGAUUUUACUCGCGGCUUGUCAUAGUCAAAUGGUACAGGAUUUGAUGCCUCAGAGCUGGAAGGAAGCUGUCUUGAGCACGAUGAAUAUGUUACGGUUUUGGGAAGACGAGGUUGGUGAUGCGCAGGAUCGUCUGCAGAUAUUGACAAUUUUGAUGGCGGAGGUGAGCUGGUAA